GUUCGCCGCGGUGCUGGGGCUCGGGAUUCCGAGCGGAGCUGGUUGAGCCCUCAAAGUGCCUCACCGAGCGCGCUGGCUUUGGGGGGGUCUCCAUCGGUGGUGUCACUGCGACCAGCGGAGCCGGCGACAGCGAGCGACUCCCGCCAGCCACGGACAUGGACAUGAAGAAAAGGAUCCACUUAGAGCUGCGGAACAGGACGCCCUCAGAUGUUAAAGAGCUGGUUCUUGACAACUGCAGGUCGAACGAAGGCAAAAUCGAGGGCCUGACAGAUGAGUUUGAAGAGCUGGAAUUGUUAAGUACAAUCAACGUAGGCUUAACCUCAGUUGCAAACUUACCAAAGUUAAACAAACUGAAGAAGCUCGAGCUGAGCGACAACAGAGUCUCAGGAGGACUGGAGGUGUUGGCAGAAAAGUGUCCGAACCUCACGCAUCUAAAUCUAAGCGGCAACAAAAUAAAAGAUCUUGGGACAAUAGAGCCUCUGAAGAAGUUAGAAAACCUGAAGAGCCUAGACCUUUUCAACUGCGAGGUAACCAACUUGAACGAUUACAGAGAAAACGUUUUCAAGCUCCUCCCGCAGCUCACAUACCUCGAUGGCUACGACCGGGACGACAAAGAGGCGCCAGACUCCGAUGUAGAGGCCUACUUGAAGGGCUUAGAUGACGAGGAGGAUGAUGAGGAUGAAGAGGAGUAUGAUGAUGAUGCUCAGGUAGUAGACGACGAAGAAGAUGAGGAGGAAGAGGAGGAAGGAGAAGAGGAGGAUGUGAGUGGAGAAGAGGAGGAGGAUGAAGAAGGCUACAAUGAUGGUGAGGUAGAUGAUGAUGAAGAUGAAGAAGAGCCUGAUGAACAGGGAGAGAAGAGAAAACGAGAACCUGACGACGAAGGGGAUGAAGACGACUAAACCCAAUAACCUAUUUUGCAUUUUUUC